AUGAGAGAGCACCUCCAGUUCCAGUCCCCUGACCCGGUCCUCAUGCUGCUGAGGCGCUUGCUGUUGAUCUGUGGACUCCCCAUCAGUAAUGUGAGCUUGGAGAUACAACCUCCAGGUGGAUACAUGAUGGAGGGAGAAAAGCUGGUUCUUGUCUGCUUGGUCACUGGGGGCACAGGAGAUAUCACCUUCUUCUGGUACAAAGGGGCCCUGGGUUUAAACCUGGAAAUGAAGACGACGGUGACGUUUGGGAUCUCUGUGGUGAGGGAGAGUGACUCUGAGCAAUAUUACUGUGCGGAGGACAAUGGCUAUGGCCCCAGGCUCAGUGAGCUGGUGAGUAUUACUGUCAGAAUUCCAGUGUCUCACCCUGUCCUCACCCUCAGGGCUCCUGGGGCCCAGGCUGUAUUGGGGGAUGUGGUGGAGCUUCACUGCGAGGUCUGGAGAGGCUCUCCCCCGAUCCUGUAGUUUUAUCAUGAGGAUGUCGCCCUGGGGAGCAGCUCAGCUCCCUCUGGAGGAGGAGUGACUUUCAACCUCUCUCUGACUGCAGAACAUUAUGGAAACUACUACUGUGAGGCCAACAAUGGCCUGGUGGCCCAGCGCAGUGAGGUGGUACCACUCAAUAUCAUAGUGCCUACGGAGGACAGAAAAGAAGUUCUUACUUCAGGAGUCAUGGAGGUGCUGCUUGGCAUCUCUGGUCCCACCACUAUGGCCCUAUUAUUUUGCUGCUGGCUCAAGAGAUAAAUAGGAAGUCGUUCAGCCAGGGAUCCACUCAGGAGCCUUCCCAGCCCUGUACCCCAAGAAUCCACCUACCUCAACUCACAAGCCCCAGAGCAACUACACCAUAACUAUGAAAAUGUGAAUGUUGUAAGUGGGGAUGAGGUUUAUUCUUUGGUGUACUGUGUGCAGCAGGAACAGCAACCGGCAGCAGGUGAGACAUGA